AUGAAGCAUGUCGUGGAUGUCAGUCAAGUGAUGAUCCAAGAACCACAUAUGAUGGCGAAACAAUUCGUGAACUUCAAAUAUGACACACAAAAUUGGUGGACUGAUGGGAUUACGAAUGAAAAUUUUGUGUACUGUAUUGCAGCAAUCGCAGAACUACUUGAUAAUGCUGUUGACGAGAUGAUGGCGGCGGGAUGGAUCCCAAUGGGAUCAGAAAAUGCAUGA